AUGGACGCACCUUUUCAAACUGUUAAUAGUCAACGCGCUUAAUGGCAGCCACGAGAUGAUACCGUGGAUGCGGGAGAAGUUUAAUGAGAAGAGGGCCAAGUGGGCAGCACGUUACAAGCGUCCUCUCCCAGGCCAACCAAAUGAGGGCAGUAGCGUAAGUGAUGCUGACAGUGCCAGCAUUAGUAUGGGCAGUCGCCAGUCGUCCAGGCUGGCAGUGCACACAACGGAAACAGAAACUCAGACGGAUGGUGUUGGAAUAGACGGAUGCAUUUUGGGAACACCGUUAUCAUCGCCGGCUUUGCAACGCCGCCCCUUAAUCGAGACGCCCACUCACGUUCCCACAAGGCCACUUUACACGAAGCAGGCCAAUGAUUUGUUUCUCAGAAAAAAUGCCGCACGCCUUGCCUCCGCCCCGUCGACAGGCGCAGAUGUCGAGACGCUCAAACCCGGCGAGUCCAUCACGGUGCGAGUAAUCUGCCCGAGCUCGAGGGUUCUUAUCUUUAGGACGGAUGUCAAUAAGCGGCUGAGUGAUCUAAAGAGCGAGGUCAUCUUGGAGUUGAGUGACGAUCCCGAAUCUAUACAGUUGUUUGCACCUGACGUGCGUCACUUAAACCCGCGCUAUCGUCUUUUCCGUGCCGAGUACUUUGGCAGCGAGCUGAAUGAGAGUGAUACUUUGGCGCAGCUGCAGGUGCUUAAUAACGAGACUUUCAUUUUGGCACCGCGCCGAAAUACGCUCACCCAAACGGCAGCGAGAACGCGCGAAGUGCCCGGACCGAAUGAAGCUCUUUUGGAGUCUGCAACGCGGUAUGUGCCUAACAACACCAGCUUGUUGCCCGUGAUUGACAUCAACGAGAUCUUUCAGCAGUCGAAUAUCCAAUAUGAUGUGCGCAAAGUGCUUAUCUCACUAGCUCAGGCGUCUGCAGCCAUUCUGGGUGCUGGACCGUUUGCGCCGCGUCUGAUAGCAAUGCUAAAGCAGAGACUGAUUAACAGACGAAACCAUCACGCUGACACGCUGCAAUGCCUCGUGGAUAUGGGAUUCAAGCGUGAACUGGCCGAAUAUGCUCUGAAAGCGAACAAUGGAAUAUAUUCGACCACGCUCGAGUGGCUGAUCCAAAACCAGAACGAGGAUGCUUCGAAGGAGCCGCCGGCCAUGAGUAUGCAACAGAGUUCGUCCUCCAUAUCUCCGUCAACCAUUGUCACCAAUAAUGAAACAAUUGAAAAUACCGCUGCCUUAAUGGAAAUUGUGCGCAUAUACAGCCAUCGCGAGGUACCGCCUAGCGAAGAAAUAGUUGAGUCAUUAACGGAAAUGGGCUUUGAAGAGUCGACAGUAAUUGCGGCAUUGAAGAAAACGGGAAAUAACAAAGCUUCUGCUUGCGAGUGGCUUUGCGACAAUCGCUCUGGAAGCGUGACUGAGCUUCGCGAGGGUCUUUCGCCUGACUCUCCUAUUUUGAAGGUUAUUCUUGAAAUGCCUCAAGUACAGAUGACGCUAAACAAUCCAAAAACAUUUUUGGCUUUCCUGGCCAUCCUGGAGAACGAGCAGGCCAUACGUGUCUGGCGGGGAGACAAUGACACAACCUCGGUCAUAACACAUAUCCUACAAAAGUACCACGAGGAGAAACACGUGCUGGGCAUCAAUCAAUUUUAUGUGAAUCGCUGGUAAUCGACGUGCUAGCAAAUUAGGAAGAGCGCUUGAAAGUGUUUUUUAUUGAGAUUAAGCAAAUUCAAUUAUAUUUAUAUACAUGUGUAUACAUGUGUACGCACAUAUGAUAGAUAAGCACGCAGCGCAUAGCCCUGCACUUUAGCCUCAAAUAUGUAAAGAAAAGUGAACUAAAUGAAUAUUUUUGUAGCCAAACCAAAGAUGCAUACGCUUGCCUAAAGAUAUGGCUGCACAAAAAUUGCUUACUGAUAAAGUACUAAAUUUUUAUAUAAUACAUAGCUUUUAUUAUAUAUAAAAUACUAUAUUUCUAGUCAGAAAAUA